AUGCGGCUGCGUCGUUGGUACCGCCAUCGUAUGGACCUGACCGAUUUUCGUCGAUACAGGGUUGAUGCCGCCAGACCAUUGAACGUCACCCGCCAUCAUAGCCGCGGCAUCGAGCAGCGCACCGUGCUUUUGGCAGAUCAUCGAGCAGUGAUAGCUCAACGGGCGUCCGUUCGCCGGUUAUACAACGCCUUGUGCGGGCCAGUCCGCAUCUCGCCAGCGCACGCCGUUGAACGAUUGACUCCGACGGCAUCACGGAGCGGCAGCGUCAAUGCCGCAACUUCUGGCACGGCAGGUCCGCGGCGCAACUCGACCUGCGCUAUGAGAUCGCGAUGCGAGGAAAUGCACCGGUGGCUGGAGGCCGAGAUCGCUGGCCGCAAAUGCGGCGGACCAGCCCAUCGCGAGCAACGCCGCCUGAUGCGGUCCCCAACAACACCCGCAUGGCCGUGUUCCUGA